GGCUUUGCCAGGGACAUGAGCAUGCCUCACUGCUGCAAUCCGGCAGGGCAUGCCAUGCCGGAAACUUUGGAAGAUGGCACAGCCACCGUGUAUAAUGGGGGAUGGAUAAAGCCAGCUGCUAGGUCUUUUGUGAAGCAGGACUCCUCUGCCAUUUCUUUCUUCCAGUUCCAGCUCUGCCACGAGGAAAGUAGGCUGAGGGGCAUUUCAGUGGACAGGUUGCUUGCACCAGAUAAAAAUGGGAACAGGCUUCUGCAUGUGGCCGUUACACAAGGGAAAAGGGCGUUGACUUAUGUGCUGGCAUGGAGGUUUGCAUAUCUGAACAGAAUUGAUGAGAAGGAUGCAGCAAAACAGACUGCAUUGCACUUAGCCGCUCAAAACAAUCACCAUCUUAUAGCCAGUGACCUGAUCUCUCUGGGAGCCAGUGUCAAUGCAAAGGAUGGCUUGGAGAAGACCCCCUUGCAUCUCUGUGCAGAGAAGGGUUAUGUGAGAGUUCUGGAAGUCUUGAGAAACUGUCAGGGAAGGGGCAUCCAUGUUGAAGUGGACGCAGCUGACAACCAAGGCUUAACGCCAUUACAAUGUGCGGCUUUUGCUCACUCCACCCUUUCGAUGGACUUGAAAAAACGCCAUCUCUCUCCUGAAGCUCAGAAGGUUCAGGGUCUGCGUAAGGAGCAGAUCUUGAAUGGCAUCAACUGCUUGGUUCAAAUGGGAGCAGACCCCUGGCUGCAAGGAGCAAAAUGUUCAAGUCAAGCUUCGAGUUAUUUUGCAAAAGUCCAAGAAGAUAACGAACUGAUGAGUGUUUUCGACACACACAGGCCGAAAUGGCAAGAGGAUUCGGUCCCUGGACCAGAAGGAACCACCCUUCUGUAUUUACAAGGAGAAGAUGUACAGCCACUGAUGACCCCAUUUCUGAGCUUCUUUGAACAUUUCCCUGAAGAUGCCAUGUAAACAGCAGAGCCUGUGCUCACCAGGCAGUCAUGGAUUUCCUAGUACGUUAGCAGCGGUAUAACUGACGUGCUUUGGUAGGCUGGUAUUGUAUACUAGAUGUGCCAAAGCCCAUGGAAGGCGGUCAUGAAGUCCAAGAAGCUUGAUAUCUCAUCUCUGCUAAGCUGUUGGUGAAAGAACAGCUU